GUUGGCACAUUAAUUGAUUUUUUUCUCCUCCUUUCAGAACAGCUCCGGUUCCAACGUGACUGCAAUCUGCAUCAGAGCUGAACGGGUCCAAAUACGUCGCCAGUGCAUUGCGGCUUUAACCGGUCCAUCAUGCCUUGCGGUGUCCCAGUUCAGUUCCGACGUAAUUUACAACACUCCCUGUGGUCUGCCCCCCCCUCCCUCCUCCUCCCUCCACCUCAGUGACAGGCAGAGCAGCAGGGCUAGCAGGCAGGGCAGCAGAUGUUGAAAAAGCUCCCAUGUCGGAUGUCCAGUAACCGGACGGGACGCAUGUUUACAUCCACGCGGGGAUGUGCGCGCGUCAGGCACUCUGCUGCGGGUGCGUGAGCAGCUCGGAAUAAACGGGGAUCCUCCGGCAAGUGGCCUUUUAAACAUGCAGCGGAAAGUACCGGAUUGUUUUCCUCACAGAGAUACCGAGCCCACAGGACAACAGGAGAGAGUCCAACAUGAGACGGAGUGAUCUGCUGCGGACAAGAGGAUGGACAGUAAAACAUCAGUAGCCCCCCCUUGUGGUGUGGAGGAAUGAAGGCCUUUGGAUGAAGGCCAUGGAGCUGAAAGUGUGGGUGGACGGAGUGCAGCGCAUCGUGUGUGGGGUCACAGAGUUCACCACAUGCCAGGAGGUGGUCAUUGCUUUGGCACAAGCCAUCGGACGCACUGGCAGGUACACCUUAAUCGAAAAAUGGCGUGAAACGGAACGUCACCUGGCUCCGCAUGAGAACCCUGUGGUGUCCCUCAACAAGUGGGGUCAGUAUGCCAGCGACGUCCAGCUCAUCCUCCAACGAACCGGCCCAUCUGUCAGCGAGCGGCCGACAUCCGACGGGCAGGCUCGUGUCCCAGAACGUGGCUUCUACCGGCAGAGCCUGCCACCUUUGGCCAAGCUCCGCCCAUCAGGGGCAGAUCGCUCCCUCAAAAGGAGGGAACCCAAGCGCAAGUCCCUGACAUUCACUGGAGGGGCCAAAGGUCUGAGAGACAUAUUUGGGAGAAGCAGAGAUGCUGAAGCCAAGCAGCUCCCGCAGCGGGGAGUGAGUCUGAAUCUGAACAGGGUCGGAGGUGUUGGAGUAGCAUCUGUACCUGGGAGUCCAGCCAGAGAGCUGAGCCGACUGGUGCAGCUGCAGAGAGACAAACUCCAGGCCCUGGAGAGCCGUCUGCUGGGCUGCAAAAGUGAGCUACGAGACUGGGAGGAGGACACCGACGAGGCCAAUGAAGAGGCACAUUUAGAGGAGGAGCUGCUGCUUUUGGAGCAGCAGGUGAGGAGGAACGAUGCAGAGAUGGAGGAGGAGGAAUUCUGGCAGAACGAGCUGCAGAUCGAACAGGAGAGUGAGCGACAACUCCGGCAACAGCUAGCAGAGCUGCAGGGUGGCGUACAGGACUGUGAAGACAAGCUUUCGGAGUACUUAACACGCAUACAGAGCAUGGAGACAGGUGUUGAGCAGGAGCGGCAGCAGCAGGAGGCAGAGCUCAGCCAGAAGGUCAACGAGGAGGAGGUGCAGACGCAGCUGGAGAAAAUGAGUGCAGAGCUGGAGAAGCAGAGCCAACACACAGCGCGGCUGGAGACCAGUUGCAGGGCACUGGAGCGCUCGCUUUCCCAGUCCGGCAAGAGAUUACAGGAAAAAGAGCAGGAGCUGGAGCAGCUGACGAAAGAGCUUCGACAGGUCAACCUGCAGCAGUUCAUUCAGCAGACUGGUACCAAGGUGACCGUGCUGCCUGCUCUGCCUGCAGGAGAAAACAACAACAACGAGGUGGAUUCUGGCUCUCUGAAACGGCUCGGCUCUUCUCGUCUCUUGCCCAGCGACCUCCGUGCUCUUCAAAGCACUGUGUCCUCCAGCCUCAACCCUGAAGGCAUCUACGUCUGACCCUAAAAACUAUCAGGAGGGCUUUGUUUGGGCUGCAGGGUAAUCUGAUGUUACCAGGACCUUAACAAUUAACUUCACAAACUGCUGCAGCAGUGAAGAUGAUGCUGUCAGAAACGUCACAUGGAGGAUGAAAACAGCUCUGAAAAGAAAACUCAUACCUGUUUUGCAACCUCUUCCAUCUUUGAAGGACUGAGACUCAAGCUGAUGUCAGAAUCCAUUUGCAAACCAACAUUUGGUCACUCUUGAGUCAACAAAAGCUUCAUUUUCACAGUGAAAAAAACAACAACUACCAGCCAUGAGAUGUAUUUUUGUUGAAUGAGUAGCCAAACAGUGCAGAUCAACUUUAUUGUUCUGUCGUACAUCAUCAUUUCAGGGGUCUAAACUCAGACAUUUGUAAACAUACUUCAUUGCACGAGCAUGCACAAACACAGACACCACAUCUGUGCUAUAAGCAUAGCCAUAUCUUGAUUGCCUUACUCUGGUGUUGUAAAACCAGGUGUCAAUAAUGUUUUAAAGAACUCAAGGGAGCUGCUGAACUAUGCGCCAUAUAAACAUAGGCACCAAUUCAGGUGUUAAGCGAACUGAUGUCAGCAUAACUCAGCUUCAGCUCCUUUUCUAUGUUUGAAUGUCUGUGCAGAUUUUACCUGAGGUACAUUAGCUUCAUUUUUCCUGUUUCUGCAAAAAAAAAUAAUGGGAAAAGUAAAUGUCAUGAAGAAGAAAAUAGAUGGAGUAACUCUAGCUAUGACAUUUUUGUGAAAUAUUUGUACUCAGUUUGUUUGUUUUUUUCUUGCAGAGCCAUUAAUCUCCAAUUUUAUUUCUCCACAAGCUCUAAGAUGUGGAUGUUGUGGUGAGCUGUCAGAGGCUUGAAAGCUUGUGGUGGAAAUCCAGCCUGGAAGAAUUUGCCAACAGCGACUCAGUCUGACCACCAGGUGGCGUCAGAACACACACGACUCAGAAAGUUAACUUUGUGAAAGUUGCUCCUGAAGUGAUGUUAUCUGUCUCUGUGACUGUGUAUGUUAUUUUUGAACAAAGCCUCAAAAAAAAGAGAUUUCAACAUGUUUCACUGAUGUCAUCAAGCAGGGACUCCAACUUACAUUAUGUCUUUUUGUAUUAUAACUAACUGAAGAUGUCUCACAUGAACCAAAGCUAGUGUUAAAAACAUUAAUAGUUAGAUGAAUGUACUUUUUAUGUGUAUGCAACUUAAGCCCAUCUAGUGCAUCACCAUGACCUUGAGUCAUGUAGUAGUCACAUGAUAUAUAUUGUGAUGGUCAAGCUCUGUCACAUAGGAUUUAAUGGAAAACUGAAAGUUUUACAGGACUGGACAGGAAUAAGUCAACAGUAAAUCCCAGAUACUUUCUUUCCUUUGAUGGUGAAGACUCUAAAAAGACUCCAAAAACCGAAUUUCAUUCAUAUCUGAAUAUAAUAUAAUUUACUCGCUUCCACAUGAGAAAUUAUCAACACGAAAAACAACAACCCCCUCAUGACAGCACUCCUUCAGUUUUUCCCUUCCCUCCCCUUUUUACUAAGCAGAAUUAUCAUCAAGGUAACAACUUCAGCCUCAUCAUGCAUCUGUAACUGGCUCAGUAUGACUGAGACAUUUGACUAAUGGCAUGCCUUACUGAAAAAGAAAUGAAAACAAGAUCAACAAAUCACAUCAGGCUUUUGAAAAGUAGAUUGGAGUCUAAAAUAUGCAGAGUGCAAGGGAGGUCAGAUCUUAAUGUUGCCGACAAUAGGCAGCUCGGUGUGCAUGCAGUAAUGUGUGAUUGGUCUCAUUUGGGCUCCAAAUUAGAGGCUACCGAGGAUGCAACGGUUCUUCAGUGAUUAAUUUUAUUAUGGGUUUGUUGUGUCCCUUUUUGCCUUGCUGACAUUUACACUGAUGGGGAUUUGAGCUUUGGUAAAGAGCAGGCCAACAGGUCAGUGUUGAGUAGCAAAAUUCUAGCAAAACCAGCAGAUUAUUUUGUAGCCUUUUUUAAAUUGAAUUCCUGCAAAAUAACAACACACGUGGAUGUAAAAGUGGCCCAUGUUGCGAAGUGUUUUCCCACAUUGCCGGUUGCAUGAUUUUAUCUGCUUUUGUCUUUGAGACAUUGCCAAUUUGUUUCUGUUGUGCCAUCAAUAAUGCUUUUUUUUCUAUACAAAUGUAAUGAUGGAGCCAUUGUGGAAAGAGCCAUCAAGUGGUUUGAAAGUUAUUUUAGAAAUGUGUGGCUCAGGGAUAUUUCAAGACAGAGAAUUAUCCAGACAAGAAUGGGCGGAAAGUAAUUAUGGAUGAAUGCUGUUUAUGAUGUCUCAAGCCAUUUGACAAGUUAAAUCCUUCAUUUACUCUCAUGGGGUCUUGAGCGGCUGUUUGACAAGUUUGACACGUCGCAUUGGCUCUGAAAGACAACAAAACAAAUGUAAGUGAAGUAAUGACUCUGCUCAGAGAGAAUUGCAGCUUUUAUUUGUGGAGGAACGUGUUUCUGUUGGCUCCUGAUUCAUGCAGCAGCAGCAGCUUCUGCCUCAUGUAUCACGAUUUAUGAGAGAUAAAAGAGUGAAUAAGAUGAAUGUCUUCACUUUAAACAUCCUGCUGGUUAGAUUUCUGUGCUAGGCUAACAUUACUGACUUGCAUUAACUCAACGUUCAGACAGGACAAAUUAUUGUGUAUAAAACGUGUUAUGGUUUUUGUAUUGUUCACUUACAAAUUCACCUAUACUGUAUUUUUAGCUUUCAGAUUUCCUUGAGUCAUUAUGCAGCAACUGAGUAAGAAAAAUGGGAAAAUCCAGUUAAAAAUACUGUAAAAUAUAUAAAUAACUGAAUAAAAUAUAUUUAAAGCAAA